GUCAGACCCAAGCGUGAACAUCAGCCUGGAUUUCCUGUCUGCAGGCCUGAACCCUUCCAAACCCACACAGCCCACACUCAACACCAUGAUGCAGCAAGGUGUCCAGCCACCAUUGAACACGGUCGCCCAGAAUUUCGCCGGAAUGACACUGAAUGGCCAGCCCUUGGCGGCCGCUCCCAGACCGGGAGUGAACCCCAUGAUGGCCGGGGGGACCAUGGGCAUGGGAAUGCCUCCUACUAUGGCGACGGGCACCAUGGGAAUGGGCUCUGUGGGUAUCGGAGGAAUGCCUAUCAAUCAAGGACUCGUGGGCAUGAAUAUGAUGCCCGCUGGAAUAGGCCUGCAAGGUGCCCUGGGCACGCCCAGCAUGGGGAUUGGCCAGGGCAUGAACCCCGCCAUGGUGCAACCUAAACAAGAUGCCUUUGCAAACUUUGGCAACUUUGGGAAAUGAAGGGUGUAUCACUCCAAGAGGGUUAACAGUCCAAAUACACCUCAAUAGAAGGAGCCUGCAUCCAGUAAAAUGGACAAAACUGACAAAACUAGCCCGUGUCAUGACUCUUCAAUCAUUUGUCCUUAUUCGUUAACAGAUACAGAGAGACACACA